AUGGGCAUGGAACUGGAGGAGGGUGUGGGUGCUCACUUGGAGAAAUUGCUGUGUGCCUCUGUGGGCCUGGCCCAGGAGGAACACUUAACUGCCUGCCUCAAGAAUACAGAGGUGAUGAAAAGUUCACCUGAAGGAAGAAAUGAAGGUUGGAGUUCUUUCCAAGAUCAUUUUGACAAGAGGAGCCCUCAUUAUGAAGAUGAUGGAUAUGAGACUCAGCCUUCACACCACUGUGAUGAUGAUGGAAGUAUGGUGAUGAGGAAUGUCCAUGAGGGCCCUAAAGAAAAGACAGUAAGUGACUGGGCAGCAGGCUCUCCCUAUUCCUUCCAAAGCAACAGGAGAGUGAGAUGGCACAGAGAAGGCAAUAUCCAUGUUACUGUGUGGGGAAAUGGAAAACCUGUGAUGAGAGAAAUGAGGGAGAACCCACAAGAUGGUGCCCAAGGGAGCUGGUUUAAGGUCACAAUUCCUCAUGGGAUAAAGUAUGACAAGAUAUGGCUAAUGAACUCAAUCCAGAGCCUUUGCAGUGUCUACUUUACUCCAGUGGAUUUCCACUAUGUGAAAAAUGGGGCUCGAUUCUUUGUCCAGAAAGCUAGCACUGCCUCUGCCUUGAUGGAUGUCAGCUACAAGAUCUAUGAUGAGAAGAACCAAAAGAUACCUAUCUUUGUCAACCCCUCUGCUGUUCCCUACUCUGUGCGUAAUAAGUUGGGACCAGAAAAAAUGGAGAAGCUAAAGCUGGCCUUUAGCAAACGAUUUGAUGUCUCCCAGCAAUCUCUUGACCUCCAGAAGCUCCGCUUUGACCCAAACUUGGUGGGCCAUGAUAUUGAGAUGAUUCUGAAUCGAAGAAACUGCAUGGCUGCUGCCCUGCAGAUCAUCAGGAAGAACUUCCCUGAGCUGUUGUCCUUGAACCUGAGCUGCAAUAAACUGUACCACCUGGACGGCCUGUCUGACAUUGUGCACAUGGUCCCCACAAUCAAGAUCCUGGACCUCUCCAAAAAUGAGCUGAACUCUAUGUGGGAGUUGAACAAGAUGAAGGGGCUGAAGCUUGAAGAGCUGUGGCUGCAAGAGAACCCACUGUGUGACAGCUUUCCAGACCAGUCCACCUACUUAAGUGCCAUCAUAGAAUGUUUCCCAAAGUUACUGCGCCUGGAUGGCCAGGAGUUACCUUCACCAGUUGUCAUUGCCAGUCACACUCCCUGUGCAACGAAGCCCAGCAAGGAAACCUGUAAAGAAUCUGACACACUGAAGAAUAUGAUCCUUCAAUUCCUGAAGCAAUAUUACUUGAUCUAUGACUCUGGAAACCGAUCUGGUCUCCUCAGUGCUUACCACCACAAGGCCUGCUUCUCCCUGACCAUUCCAUUCCACUCUGAGGAUCUGGCCCUAAGCAGCUUAUGUGCGUACUUCAAGAACAGCAGGAAUAUGAAGAAGGUCAAGGACCCCAACCUGCGUGUCCAGCAGUUGAAGCACACCAAUAGUGACAUUGUGCGUGCCCUCUGUGUGUUGCCCCAAACUCAGCAUGACCUCAGCUCCUUCCUGGUGGACAUGUGGUUCCAGACAGGUACGCUGCUCUGCUUCUCUGUCAAUGGGGUGUUCAAGGAAGUGGAAGAAGGGUCUCAGGACUGUGUGCGUGCCUUCACCCGGACCUUCAUCAUUACCCCUGCCAGCUCUUCAAGUCUUUGUAUAGUGAAUGACGAGCUGUUUGUGAUGGAAGCUAGCCCUAAAAACACCCAGAGUGCAUUCUCCAUCCCAGUGCCCACACCGUCCACCAGCUCUGUGGCCACUUUAUCUGAGGAGCAACAGCAAAUGGUACAAGCCUUCUCCACUCAGUCUGGGAUGAACUGUCAGUGGUCUCAGAAGUGCCUUCAGGACAAUGAAUGGAACUACACCAGAGCUGGUCAAGUCUUCUGUAUGUUCAAGACCGAGGGCAAGAUCCCAGAGGAAGCCUUCAAAGAAAUCCCCUGA